UGGCGCUGACAUCACGGCCGGUGGCAGCGGAGCCCCGCGCCGCGCGGCUGCCAAAGCCAUUGUGCAUCGCAGCCGUCGGUGGGGCCCGCACCGCGUUCCGAUAGCGAUGGCCGCUUGGCUCUGACCCAUCCAAAUCUCCACCCGAGUGAUGCUGGAACCGGGCUCUGGGAGCGGCCACGAGGAUGCCUGAGGUGCUGAGCUCCUCCUGCCUGCUGCUCUCCCUGCUCACCCUGCACUGGGCUUGCCUCCAACCCGGCCGAGCUUUCCCCAGCAGCGCUGAGUACCUGCAGCGGGGCUGGCAGCGGCUGCUGGAGGAGGGUGAGGGCUGUGCCGAGUGCCGGCCAGAGGAGUGCCCAGUGCCGCGCGGCUGCCUGGCCGGCACGGUGCGGGACGCCUGUGACUGCUGCUGGGAGUGCGCCAAUCUGGAGGGACAGAUCUGCGACCUGGACAACACCAACCACUUCUAUGGCAAAUGCGGGGAGCACCUGGAAUGCCAGCUGGAGGCUGGAGACCUGCAGCGUGGCGAGGUGCCUGAGCCCCAGUGUGCCUGCCUCUCGCACCAGGCGCUGUGCGGCUCCGACGGGCGCACCUACCCCCAGAUCUGCCGCUUCCUCGAGUCUGCCCGUGCCCACCCCGAUGCCAACCUCACCGUGGUCCAUGAGGGUCCCUGCGAGGCAGGUAAGCCUCAAAUCACCUCCCCUCCUUAUGAUGUGUGGAAUGUCACUGGCCAGGAUGUCAUCUUUGGCUGCGAGGUCUUUGCCUACCCCAUGGCGUCCAUCGAGUGGAGGAAGGAUGGCACAGAGAUGCUGCUGCCAGGAGAUGACCCCCACAUCUCUGUCCAGUUCAGAGGUGGCCCCCAGAAGUAUGAGGUGACCGGCUGGCUGCAGAUCCAGGGCGUGCGGGUGACAGAUGAGGGCACGUACCGCUGCUUCGCCAGGAACAGGGUCGGGGCUGUGAUGGCAGUGGCCAGCCUGACCGUCCUCACUCCGGACCAGCUCAACCUGACGGGUUUGUCCUUGCCGGAACCCCGUGCCGUGCCUGAGGACUACGUGGACAGCGAGGAGGAGUACUACUAGCCCAGCUGCGGAGCUUGGCACUGAGCAGCACUCGCCCCAUGGUGCUUUGGGGUCAGGGAUGGAUCCAGAGCACACACCCCAGCCCUGAACAACUCUCUGAACACUUCUGUUUUGGGCUGGAGACAGAGAAUCAGAGAAUGGCCUGGAUUGGAAGGGACCUCAAGGAUCAUGAAUCUCCAACCCCUCUGCCACAGGCAGGGCCACCUCCCCAUUUAAUACUAGAACAGGUUGCACAGGGCCCCAUCCACUCUGGCCUUGAACACCUCCAGGGACGGGGCAUCCACAACCUCUCUGGGCAGCCUGUUCCAGAUGACAGUGUGGCUUGUGUGUCACCCUCAGGCAGGGACACCCAGGAGCUUGCUGCCAAAACACCCUUCUUUCCCAUCUUGUUCUUAGCCAGAAAAGUAGUGAUUUGAGGCAACCUGACAUUUGUGGUUUCACCCCUGGACAAUGUUGUCCUGAAAGCCCACGUGGCCACAAACGCUUUGGCCUUUUUGGAUUGGCUUUAUGCUUCUUCUCCCAAGCAGCUCUCUAUGCUGACAUCUCAGUGAGUGAUGAGCCAAGUGUACACGCAAUGCUCUGAGCAACCAACAGGGAUCGUCCCAUGGGGUCCCUCCAGGUUGGCUGCUCUCCUUCCCUUUCUUCUUUCUUUCCUUCCUCUUUCUCUUGAGAGCUGGCUCAGACGAUGCAAUUACAGCAUCAAAACCUGAGCGAGCAAAUAAAAGGGGUUUGUCUGAA